ACAUUUAUUGAAGUACAUAUUACAUAAUUACAGUAGGUAUAUUUAUUAUUAAUUAUACAAAAAACCUAAAUGUAAUAGGUUAAAUGACAACGUUUAGAAAAAAAAUCCCUUAAUGUAUACAAUUCCCGAUAUGUAUAAGAAUAUUAAAAAUGUUUACGACGAGCUUUUUCAAUAAAAAACGCCAUUAAAAGGCGAGCAAAAGCAGUAGAAUUUACGCCGAGCGUAUCAAUGAUAUCAUCAUAAUCUAACUUCUUUGUUAAAUCUGACUAUAUAGUUAAAACAGCCAAAGAAUUAGCAUUUUGUUUGUAGUACUUGAUCUCGAAUAGGACUUGACUCUUUUUAAGACUGAAAAAGACCUCGCAGCAGACAAGUUAGAGGUAGGACAAGACACAAAAAUUCGUAACGCAAUUUCUACAUAUGGUUAUAUGUAUAAAAUUAAUAAAUUCACUUUAAGAUAUGGGUAUAGCUUGUACAGAAGUUUUUUUCAAUAAAUUGUUUUUUUUCUGGUUAGUGGUUACCCCGCAUGACCACAACCAGAGUUAUAUAUUAACGGUUAACGUUAUCAGACGGCCGUAUCAAACGGUACGUUAUCAUUAUUCUAAACGCUUUGUAGUUUGUGCACAAUAAUUUAUUUGUUGACGAAAUCGAAACAAUAUUCAAAAUGUCUAUACAAAUAAUAAUUAAAAUAUUCAAUACGUUUUGUACAUAUUACAUUGUUGAUCUGUAUAUUUUAAUCUGAAAAGUCUGUAAACCGAUCGGAUCUGAUUGUUUGCAAUUUAUAUGUAUGACCAUUUCCAUUAUUUACUAUGGUUCGAAUAAAAUGUUCGUACAUACUCUCUCUAACGAUUGGACUUAUAAUAUUUCUAUUUUUUCUACGUCUACCUGAAAAAUCACUAAGUCGAUACACCGGUAAACAGUCGGUGCUGACGCCACUGAAUCGUUCUGUCGAGCUAUUCCAAACUAAGAAAAACGACCAAGUAGUCGUGGCAGUCGUCGUGUGCGGUAGUCUAACAACCGAAGCAUUGGUCAUGAUUAAAUCCGCUAUAGUUUUUCGCGGUGAUUCGGAUCUGAAGAUAGUGAUUAUUGCCGAAAAAAAUAUUCAACAAGAAUUCGAUGAAACUCUGCGGGAAUGGAAACUGUUGACAAACGAUUCGUUUUCGUACGAGAUACACAGUAUUACUUUUCCCAAAGAACACUCGGAGGAAUGGAGAAAACUGUUUCAACCAUGUGCAUCAGAACGACUUUUUUUACCAUCGGUUCUGAGCCAUUUAGAUUCUAUUCUAUACGUAGACACGGAUACAUUGUUUUUGAACAACGUAGCAGACGUUUGGAGACAUUUUACGCUGAUGAACUCUUCUCAAUUGGCCGCCUUAGUGCCGGAACACGAGGAUAUGAAUGUUGGAUGGUAUAAUCGAUUUGCUAAACAUCCUUAUUACGGAAAAUUAGGACUUAAUUCCGGCGUCAUGUUGAUGAACCUUACGCGAAUGCGAGAAUUCGAUUGGAUCGGUAAACUGGCUCCAAUUUUAGAAAAAUACAGACAACAACUUACGUGGGGCGAUCAGGACAUUAUUAAUAUAAUUUUCCACGACCAUCCAGAUAAAGUUUACGUGUAUCCGUGUCGCUACAAUUACCGAUCAGAUCAUUGUAUGUACAUGAGCAAUUGCAAAUCGGCUGAAGAAAACGGCAUCGACGUUCUCCACGGUUCUCGAUCUACAUUCUGGACGGACAAACAACCCGCGUUCCGAGCUGUGUAUACCGCCAUGUACCAGUAUGAACUCGGUAGUGACCCGUCCAAAUACCUUCUGGAACGGACUGCGAGCCUAUUAAACAGGACAAUCAAUACGAAUUGCGGUCGUCUCGCUUCGAUAUUCACGCACAACAUGAGACUUUUAUUUCGCACUCUAUGACAGAAGUCAUGACUCGAGAAUCGAUUAAAAAUACCAAAUAAUUAUUGAUGUUACAGUGUAUACGAUUUUUGUAAUUGUCGCCGCCGCUGUGUUGUAACACACAACUCUGUUAAGAUCUCAUAUCAUGAGAAAAUCAUUAACCACCGUGAUUGCAUUUUUGACGAUUUUAUAUUGUUUUAGUUUUACAUAGAACUAUUUAAAGAUUAAAAAACAUUUGUGUUGACGCUGAACAAAUUUGAACGGCCAGUGUAAAAGAUCUAUACCUGACUUUUAUUAUAUAUUUUUUAAUUCUAAUAUUUAUUUGUUACAAAUCUAUUAAUAUUUUAUUACAAUUGUUAUUGGUAUUGUGCCGCGGAGUUGGCAAAACAGUAAGCCGCCUAUAUUUUUUUGUUGAACACCAAAUUUGCUGGACUUAAACAAAAAAAAAAAAAACCUACUUUUGGCGGUUAUACCAACUAUUUUUUUAAAAUUUUAUUUCGUUUAGAUGCGUUUAUUUUGAAAUUAUUUAUAUCUAAUUUUAAUGGUAAAUUAUUUACAAUUUUUAUUCUAUACUUAUCUUUCUGUGAUAAUAAUUUAUUUAUUAUAAUUAACACAUACAAUAUACUAAUAUUCUGCUAAUGUAAAUAUAUUUUAUAUGCACAAAUGUUGUUUGAUUUUGUACCGUUUUUCAUGUUUACAUUUUUUAUAUAUACACUAUACAUAAUA